CCCAUUUCAGUGUUGCACAGGAAGCGGAACGGACGUAAUUUGUUGGUGCGCACGCUCCUCUUCCGGCCUCUUUUCUAAAGCCAGCGGGCGAAAAUGACGAAGGGUACAUCGUCUUUCGGAAAGCGCCGGAACAAGACGCACACUCUGUGCCGUCGUUGUGGGUCCAAAGCUUACCACCUGCAGAAGUCCAGCUGUGGCAAAUGCGGCUACCCCGAGAAGCGCAAGAGAAAGUACAACUGGAGCGCCAAGGCCAAGAGGAGGAACACCACUGGCACCGGCCGUCUGAGGCACCUGAAGGUUGUCUACCGUAGAUUCAGGAAUGGCUUCCGGGAAGGCACCACCCCCAAACCCAGACGUGCCGCCGUGGCCGCGUCCAGCUCCUCCUAAAGGACAUUUCUGGAUCAAUAAAUGGGAUUGAACAGCCCCAUCACCGUGUUGUCUCUGUCUUCACAGACACACCAUUGAUUACUUCUCCACAGAAACUUGAUGUAUUUGUACCAGUCUAGAAAACUAUUGGAGGGCGUCAUGUCAAAACCAUCCAAUAAAACGUUUCCAGAAUGUC